GCCACCAUUUCUCUCUCACCGUCUGCCUCCUUCCUCGCGUGCGUGCGGUCCCCGGUCCCUGUACGUCCUGCCCUAGCCACCUCCACCACUCUAGCACAGGUCGCGCCGGCGGCGGCGGUGGCGUUGCACUAUCCUGGUGCCACGAGCAAUGGUGAGGAGCCGCUCUCCCAAGGGCGGAGAUGACGGCAGGCGACGAAGCACUCCUAGGAGAAGUUCUGAUGAGCAAGGAGGAAGGAAGGAAAAAGGUCCUAUAAGCCUCUUGGUGCGUAACAUCCCUCAUAACUGCAGAUAUGAAGAUCUUCGAGUUCCUUUUGCAAAGUUUGGUCCUGUUCGGGAUAUUUACAUGCCAAAAGAUUACUACAGUGGGGAGCCAAAAGGGUUUGCUUUUAUUGAGUUUUUUGACUCCCAUGAUGCUUCGGAGGCGCAAUAUCACAUGAACCGUAAGCUGUUUUGUGGACGUGAAAUUAAAGUUGAGCCUGCCACGGAUAAACGGAAAAGGCCUGAAGACAUGCGUAGACGAACUGGAGUAAGAGUUCAUUCUGGUUCUAAAGGGCGCGAUCUUUCUAGCCAUGGACGGUCUCGUUCUCGUUCACACUCCCGUUCUCCUCGCCAAGGUGGUCGUGAUAGAUCACGGUCACAUUCUCCUGCACCAAGAAGGCGUGGUGACUACUCUGCUUCACCAAAGAGAAAGGAAGAGUGCCAGGCAAAAUCGUCAGGACAAUCAAAAGAACAUGACAACGAUAAGAAGCUGGGAUCCUGUACUCCUGGUGGUAGAAGUGAACGUCAUGACACUGAUAAUUAUUCCAAUGAGAGGCGGGCAACACCUGACUAUUCUGCUGCACCAAAGAGAAAAGAAGCGUGCCAGACAAAAUCACCAAGGCAGGCAAAUGAACAUGAUGAGGACAAGAACCGUAUAUCUUUUAGUCCUGAUAGAAACAACUGCCGUGAUGCUGACAAUGGCCACAAUGAGCGAGAUGACUACUUUACUUCAUCAAAGAGAAAGGGAGAACGCCUGUCAAAAUCACUAAGAUUGUCCAAAGAACAUGAUAAGGAUAAGAAGCGGAGAUCCUAUAGUCGUGAUGAUCGAAGUGACUGCCGUGAUGCUGAUAAUAGUUUCAAAGAGAGGCGGGCAACAACUGAUGGUGGUAAGAGAUCCUGUCCCCGCCAGAGGUCACCCAGACCAUCCUCUGGAUCACACUCAAGAAGGCGAGAUGCCUACUCUGCUUCCCCAAAGGGAAAAGAAGAGCAUCGGGAACAAUCACCAAGACAGUCAAAAGAACAUGAUAAACAUAGGAAGCGGAGAUCCAAUACUCCUGAUGAUAGAAAUGACUGCCAUGGUGCUGAUCAUAGUCACAAUGAAAUGCAAGGUGACUGCUCUACUUCACCAAGGAUUAAGGAAGAGCGCCAGGCAAAAUCAUCAAGAGAGUCAGAAGAAUAUAACAAGGAUACAAAGGGUGCCCCUCAUGAUAGAAAUGACCGCCAUGAUGCAGUUAAUGGUUCCAGAGAUAGCAAUUUGCAUGUCGACAGGAAGCCGGUAACACCUGACGAUGAGGGAUCCCAUGCCUGCUGGAGGUCACCCAGACCAUCUUCUGGAUCAUGCUCAAGAAAGCGAGAUGACUGUUCUGCUUCCCCAAAUAAAAAGGAAGAGCGCCGGGCAAAAUCACCAAAACAAUCCAUUGAAUACAAGGAUGAAAAGAGGAGGUCAUGUACUGCUGAUGAUAUGAAUGGCCGACAUAAUGCUGUUAAUGGUUACAAGAAAAGGCGAGAUGGCUACUCUGCUUCCCCAAAGAUAAAGGAGGAGUGCAGGGCAGAAUCACCACGACCGACAAAAGAACGUGAGGAUAAUGGUGGCAUUGACCGUACUGAUGCUGACAAUGGCUACAAUGAGAGGCGUGCAGGACCUGACUCUGCUUCACAGAAGAGAAUGGAAAAGCCUCCCCAAGCAAAAUCACAAAGCCAGUCAAAAGAAUAUGAUAACGGUAAGGAGAACAGAUCCUAUACCCAUGAUGAUGGAAAGGAGUGCCGCAAUGCUGAUAAUGGUUCCAAAGUGCGAAAGGACUACUCAGCUGCUGGAAAGAGAAAGGAAGAGCGCCAGGCAAGUUUACCAAGACAAUCAAAGGAACAUGAUGAACAUAAGAAGAGGGGAUCCUAUACUCGUGAUGAUAGAAAUGACCUCCGUGAUGCUGAUAAUGGUUCCAAAGAAAGGCGAAAGGACUACUCAGCUGCUGGAAAGAGAAAGGAAGAGCGCCAGGCAAGUUUACCAAGACAAUCAAAGGAACAUGACGAGCAUACGAAGAGGGGAUGCUAUACUCGUGAUGAUAGAAAUGACCUCUGCGAUGCUGAUAAUGGUUCCAAAGAAAGGCGAAAGGACUACUCAGCUGCUGGAAAGAGAAAGGAAGAGCGCCAGGCAAGUUUACCAAGACAAUCAAAGGAACAUGAUGAGCAUAAGAAGAGGGGAUCAUAUACUCCUGAUGAUAGAGAUGACCCCCGUGAUGCUGAUAAUGGUUCCAAAGAAAGGCGAAAUGAUUACUCAGCUUCCCGAAAGAGAAUGGAGGACUACAGGGCAAAAUCAUCAAGACAAUCAAAAGAACAUGGUGAUGAUAAGAAAAGGGGAUCGUGUACUCCUGAUGAUAGAAGCCACCGCUCCGAUGCUGAUAAUGGUUUGAGAGAAAGACAAGGUGACUUCUCAGCUUCCGGACAGAGAAAGGAAGAGUACCGGGGAAAAUCACCAAGACAGUUAAAGGAACAUGGUGACAAUAAGAAGAGGGGGUCAUAUACGCCUGCUGAUAGAAAUGACCUUGAUAAUGGUUGCAAUGAGAAGCUGGCAACACAUGACGGUAGCCGUAGCCCCUGCCCUGGCCGGAGGUCGCCGCGACCAUCUUAGUUCAGAGGACAAGACUCGUGCCUGCCCCAACGACUGAUGGGAUCAUGGAAGUGUAGGGAUGCAGUUCCUUGUGUGUGUAAGGCUGACUGGUGCUCAUGGGUUGAGCUAGCUGACUGGUGCUCAUGUGGCGGUAGUAUUUUAAGAAGUAAGAUGAGAAGCAAACCAUUUGCUGCCACCUGCUUGUGUCAUGUGGUGGUGGUAGCAAGCCCGAACUGCACAUUAGAUGUACUCAACUACUCCUUCCGUUCCAUAAUAUAAGAACGUUUUUGGAACUAGUCUAGUAUCAAAAACGUUCUAGUAUCAAAAACGUUCUUAUAUUAUGGGACAGGGGGUGUACAUUCUAAUGUUGGAUCUGUUGCUGUCGGGGCAGCAAAUGUUUGAGAAAAGCCUGGGCAUGCAUCGGACGUGAAGAGUGUAGGGAAAUCACAAAUGCACGAUGCUGUUUAGUUUCUAGCUUGCUCCGCUUCUGGCCUGUGGGCCUGGGUA